AUGGAGAGCCCUCCCCAAGAGGUCGUCGACCCAUCCUUUGACCGGUUCGCCGGCAACGUCACCUUCUUCCUCGCCGACCACAAAACGACCGCCUCGGUGCCCAUGCACACGCUCAACGCCUACUACGACGAGUCCAUCAGCAUCGUCAUGAACUACGGCGCCCAGCUCGGCGCCUGCCUCAUCAUGCUCCUCGUCGUCCUCGCCCUGACGCCCACAGCCAAGCUCUUCCGCCCCGCCUCCGUCCUGCACCUCCUCGGCCUCCUCAUCUCCGUCAUCCGCUGCGGCCUGCUCUUCUCCUACUACGUCGCGCCCUUUAGCCACUUCUACCAGAUCUGGGCCGGCGACUUCUCCGCCGUGCCGCGUCGCUACUGGGACGCGAGCCUCGCCGCCAACACGCUCGCGCUGCCGCUCGUCGUCGUCAUGCAGGCCGCGCUGGUCAACCAGGCCUGGACCAUGGUCGCCUUCUGGCCGCAGAGGUACAAGUACGCCGCGUGCGCGCUCUCGGGCGUCAUCGUCCUGCUGACGGUCGGCUUCCGCCUGGCGUACACCAUCGUGCAGAACCACGCCAUCAUCACGGCCGACCCGGCCGUCUGGUUCUUCUGGGGCGUGCAGUGGACCGUCGCCAUGGGCGCCGUGUCCAUCUUUUGGUUCUGCGCCGUCUUCAACGUCAAGCUCGUCUCCCACCUCAUCAAGAACCGCGGCAUCCUCCCGUCCACGACCCUGAUCAACCCGAUGGAGAUUCUCAUCAUGACCAACGGGACCCUGAUGGUCAUUCCUUCCGUCUUCGCGGGCCUGGAGUGGGCCAAGUUCACCAACUUCGAGGCCGGCUCCCUCACCCUCACCGCCGUCAUCAUCAUCCUGCCCCUCGGCACCCUCGCCGCCCAGCGCAUCUCCGCCAAGGGCUCCCAGAGCUACCUCGCCGGCAACAACCACAACCACAACCACCGCAAGCACCAGACCCAGACACGCAGCGACUUCCGCAGCGCCGGCACCGCCUCCACCCUCCACACCAAACCCUCCUCCACCGUGACCUUUUCCACCACCAGAGGCGGAAACGGCGCGCCAGUCACGCCGCAAAUGUCGGCGGGGUCCAGGACCGACGACGUGUCGCUGCUCAUCGACCGCCGCCCGGAGCGCAUGGACCCGAUCGACCUGGAGCUCGGCAGGAUCGACGCCGCCUUUGAGGGGCACCAUGAGGAGGACGGGGACGAGGUGACGUCGUCGUGCGCGCGGUCGGCCGAUCAGCGGGGGAGAAUGCAAAGGGACGACUUUGUGUUGUGA